GUUGCGUGAACGCGUAGGAAAGCAAUGGGGUCCUCGCGCAAGUUCUCCGCCGGCCUCCUUUUACUUUGCGUUUUCUUUUUUACAAAAGCUGUUUUUGCAGAAUCUACUCAACUGAAUGGCACACACACUUUUCGUGUGAAAAGGCAGGGAUGUCAAGAUGGCACUUACGAGCACGAAGGCAUAAACUGUUGCAAAUGUGCAGCUGGUCAGCGAGUGGCAGAGCACUGCACUAAAACUGUAAGCGAUGGAAGAUGUGUAUUCUGUGAAAACGGGUCAACUUAUAACAGCGAACCCAAUUCUAAGGUCUCCUGUGAAAUCUGCACGUCCUGCGACCAAGAAAACGCUAAUUUAGAAGAAGAAGAGCCCUGCACCCCCUUAAAAGACAGAAAGUGUAGAUGUAAGGAGGGUCACUACUGCAAUUCUGCAGAAGGAUCCUGUAAAAUCUGCCAUCCCUGUAACAGAUGUUCUUCCACCGGCGUUAAAGAGCCCUGCACACUCACUAGUGAUGCAAUUUGCAAAGAGGAAAGUACAGGUUUGUCAGGUGGUGCAGUCGCUGGCAUUGUGAUUACAGUUUUGGUUUUUGUCACUGUUGCCCUUGGAGUCGUGUUCAGGAAGAAAAUUCUGGGGUUUUGGAAAAGAGACGCAUCAAAUCCCCCUGGCCCUGUGAAUGACCCACUUCUUCCAGUGGACAUGGAGCCGCACAUUGUGGAAGUUGCAGAAAUAAUCGGCUGGAAAGUUAUGAGCCAAAUUGGACUCAGUUGUAAGAUGGCAAAUGCCAUUGAUAGUGUAAGACAUAACCACCCUGGUGAUAGUGAUAUGUGGACCCAAGAACUACUGAGAAGAUGGAUGGAGCUGCAGGGCAGGGCUGCCUCAGUAGAGCUGAUCAAGACUCUGCGGAAAAUGAGGCACAACAACAAGGCGGACCAAAUCAAAGAGAAACUGUAUCCCAUCGACUCUCCUACAGUGUAGUUCUGCCUGACUGUUUUUAAACUUUUAUGCUGUUGAUAAAAUAAUAGCAUGGAUUAUUUUUGUGCAAUCAAAAAUGUUUACGAUCGUACAAGAUUAGCAUGUGCGUUUUUAUUUAAAAAAAAAGUCCUUAUGAACUUUUAAAAACUUUAAAUUUAGCGAAUGGACUAUCGCAAUCUAAAUGCUGAUACGAACUGGUGGGGAAAAUUGUUUUUAUUGUAUUUGCUUUCUUUUCUGUAAGUUGCUCUUCCUGUCUUUCCGUUAAAUUUGUAAUUUUCAAACAUUUUUACUCUGUAUGCACUGAAUGAAUAAAAAGAAGUUCAAAUAUGUAAGAGGUCAAAAAUA